AUGCGUCGUUGCCGCGAUGGAUGUUUGCCUCGCUCUUUCUUUGCGCCCCCUGACUCGUCUCGUCGUCUCUCCUCGUCGCUUGCCCGCUCCGCUCACCUGAACAUGUUGCACGAGGUCACGUGUUACAUGAUCGACGCGAUGGCUAGCGAUGUCUUUCGAAUUCCACGAAGGGAUCGGUUGCGGGACGGGGGGGGGGCAGAUACGAUAGCCACGAAUUGCACGUAUUAUGUCGAACCGAGGCGCUUGCAGAGAUCGAUCGACGGACUGACUGACCGACCGACGGCAUGCGUUUUUUGUCAGGAUUUCGAGGCGCAUAACUGCGGAUUCCGUCAGUGCUCACCGCAGCAGCUGUCAGCCGUUGAAAAGCCAGGCCAGUAUUUGUUUCAAAUCAAGCCAUUAAUCUUAGUCUUUGCCAAAACUUCGUCCGUCCUCGUCGUCAGUCCUCCGUCCGACCGACGGAGCGACGAAGCGAGCGACCGCCUGCCCGCUCUCCGUCCGUUCGUCCUUCCGUCCUUGUUUCUUCGCGUGGUCGUUCGUCCCGAUUUGCUUGCCUCCUCCUCCUCCUCCUCCUCGUUCCUUCCAUCGAGCGGCCGGUUGGUUGUUCGCCUAGCGCGGCUCAGCUCGGCUCGCGUCGGUCCGUCGUCGACGACCGCCGCCUUUGCCAACUUUCGUCCUUCGCCUCUCGCCUCUCGCCCCUCGCCCCUCGCCUUUCGUCUUUCCUCUUUCCUCCGUCUGUUCGAUUGGUCAAAGCCGCCGCCGAAGCAGGGAACAGCGAAUGAAAUCGAGAUGAAGGUCAGUCGAUAUCCGAUGGUGGUUCGCUGUCGCGUGACCUACCGACCCUACAGCCAGCAUGGUGUUGUGGCGCGGCCAACACCAGUUGUCCGCCCCUUCAACGGUCAAAUGACUACCGCCGAGCGAGGCGAUGGCGAUGGCGAUGGCGAUGGCCGUGGCCAUGGCAUUGGCGCCCAGCGAGCAUUGAAAACGCAGCGACACCGGCCGGACAAUUCAUCCAUAGAAUUA